AUGGCCGCCCUCAGCUUUGUUGGGCUAUGGAAACGCAUUACGCAUGAAAGGGAGCUGGUCACCAUGGCCGUUGGCCGUGGCUGGCAUGGUGGCGUGGCUUCCACCGGUGACCAUUUCCAUGCUAGUCAUGGAACUUCUGGGGUGGUUGUCAUUGACGGCAAGGGUCAUCUCCUCGGUCGCCUCGCUUCUAUUAUUUCCAAGCAGGCCUUGAACGGACAGAAGGUCGUGGUUGUCCGUUGUGAAGCUCUUAAUGUCUCUGGCGAAUUCUUCCGCAACAAGUUGAAGUAUCACGCCUACCUUCACAAGCGUUGUCUUGUCAACCCCAACAAGGGUCCUUAUCAUUUCCGCGCUCCUUCCCGCAUCUUGUACAAGGCUAUCCGUGGUAUGAUCCCUCACAAGACCGCUCGUGGCGCUGCCGCUUUGGACCGCAUCAAGUUGUUCGAAGGCUGCCCUCCUCCCUAUGAUCGUGUCAAGCGCAUGGUUGUCCCCGAUGCUCUCCGUGUUUUGCGACUCAAGCCUGGUCGCAAGUACACCACCCUUGGCCGUAUCUCCCACGAAGUCGGCUGGAAGUACCAGGAUGUUGUUGCCAAGCUCGAAGAGAAGCGUUUGGCCAAAUCUGCUGCUUACUACAAGCGCAAGGCUGCCCUUGUUGCUAUCCAAAAGAAGGCCGUCGAAUCCAAGGCUGAUGCCAUCAAGGAUGUCAACGCUUCCAUUGCUGCUCUUGGUCACUGA